UCGUUUUCACUAACUUUUAUAGUCAAAGACGUGGGGUUGUUUACUGCUGGAUCACAGAAACCUUUAACCAAAAACUGUUCAUCGCUGACGGAGCUGUGUCCCGCUCUGGAGAUGUGGUGGAUGCUGUUUCCACGCUGGAUCUGGUUCCUGGUGUGUGUGUCAGUGUGGUGUGUCAAUGUCGGAGUUCUGCCGCAUAUCACCUACUCACACCCGGGGAUCUGCCCCAAUGACAUGAACCCCAACCUGUGGGUGGAUGCCAUGAGCACCUGCACCCGAGAGUGUGUAUCUGAUCAGGAGUGUGAAUCCUUUGAAAAGUGUUGCCAGAAUGUUUGCGGGAACCGGAGUUGUGUGGCAGCCCGUUAUCUGGACGGGAAGAAAGGCCCCAUGGGAAUGCCCAAGGAGGCCUCCUGCGCCAGCUUCAUGUGCAACCAGCAGGGCUCUGAGUGCGACAUCUGGGACGGCCAGCCGGUGUGUAAGUGCCGGGACCGCUGCGAGAGGGAGCCGCACUUCACCUGCGCCUCUGACGGGAUGACCUACUACAACAAGUGCUACAUGGACGCAGAGGCGUGCUCCAAGGGCAUCAGCCUGGCUGUGGUCACCUGCCGCUUCCACCUCACCUGGCCCAACACCAGCCCCUCGCUGCCCCAGGCCACCACUCUGCGCCCAACCACUGCUCCUCUUCCGGUGACCCCACCCCCUCCCACCGAGCCUCAGACUCCCAUGGUUGUCAGCAGCCCGGUUCACCAGACCGUCAAAGUAGGCGACACUGCCAGCUUCCUGUGUGACGUGACAGGCUGCCCCCGACCUGAGAUCAGCUGGGAGAAGCAGCUGCCAGAGGGGCUGGAGAGGUUGGCCAUGAGGCCCAAUCACGUGCGCGGGAACAUGGUGGUCACCAACAUCGGGCAGCUGGUCAUCCACAACACGCAGCCGCAGGAUUCAGGCGUCUACAUCUGCACCGCUCAGAACCCCUCUGGAUCUGUGAAGGUCAGCCACCCGCUCUCUGUCCUGCCCAUAGAACCACCCAAGACCCCCGACCCAGGGAACGUGACCCGCUGCCUGCCUGAAGAGUGUCUGAAACCGCCUGAUAACCCCGAGGAUUGUGGGAGCGAGAUGGAGAGAGUCAGCUGGUACUACGAGUCCAAGACCAACAACUGCUUCUCCUUCACCCACUGCCACGGCAGCAACAGCCCGCAGCCCAGGAAGAUGUUGGAGACGUACGAGGAGUGUAUGCAGUGCUGCGGCCCCGAGCUGGCCGGCCCCUGCGGCCUCCCAAGUCUGCAGGGCCCCUGCAAGGCCUACGAGCCGCGCUGGGCCUACAGCAGCACCCUGCUGCAGUGCCAGUCCUUCAUCUACGGAGGCUGUGAGGGCAACAACAACAACUUUGAAUCCAAAGAAGCCUGCGAGGAGAUGUGCCCCUACCCGAAAAACCACCACUGCAAGGCCUGCAAGCCGCGGGGCAAGAUGGUGACGAGCUUCUGCCGCAGCGACUUCGUCAUCCUGGGCCGCAUGACAGAGCUGACGGAGGAGACGGACUCGGGCAACGCCCUCGUGACCGUGGAGGAGAUCCUAAAGGACGAGAAGAUGGGUCUCCGGUUCUUUGGCAAGGAGCCUCUGGAGGUCACCUUCCUCAACAUGGACUGGAACUGCCCCUGCCCCAACAUCACGGGCGCUGCCGCUGAGGGGCAGGUCAUCAUCAUGGGCAACGCCAACGACGGCAUGGCAGUGCUUCAGCCGGAGAGCUACGUGGGCGCUUCAAGCCCGCGACGUGUACGGAAGCUGAGAGAGGUCAUUUCCAAGAACACGUGUGACAUUCUUAAAGCGAUCACCAACAGCCCGCAGUAGGGUCAGGGUUAGGGACAUAAUGUUAGACUGCAACAUCCUGUUCUCUACGGAACAUUCAUGCAGUGAUGUUUUUUAGGAGUUCCUCAUGUCCGAGAUCCUUGUCUCAUGUUGUGUGUCUCAUAUGUGUGUCUGCAGAGCUUUGUUAUGUCAUUGGUUGAUUGAAUUACCAUGUACUGUAUGCAACACAAGAGACAUCCAUCAUGAUCCUCUCCAUGCCCUCUCCUGCCUCCAGCAGAAAUGGACGUUGCAGACCUGCAUUGAAGCAAAAACCAGACCAGUUGAGUUUGAUCUUAUGGACAUGAUUUAGGUGUCACAAAUCUUUUGAUUCUUUCAUUUGCUAACAGUAUUUCCAUCUUACUUCACACAUGUACCCAUUAUUUCUUACUUUUUGAAUGUUGUGUAAAUGCAUCCAUAAACCUGUCCAGGCACAAACAGUGCAACAAGGUAGAUUUGGAUCAUCCAAAGUUGUAAUAUAUUUUAUUAACCAUUUUACCACAUUUUCUGACGGUGAGUCAUUUAUUUUUUUAUCUUGCUUUAACUUCUUGGAUAUUUAUUAUCAUGUCAUCUUUUCUUUGUCCUGUUUUUGUAUCACAUUCUCUCUGAAAGAAAAUAAAGUUUUGAGAUUUUU